AUGAAGGAGUGAGUGAGAGAGUGAGUGAGUGAGUGAGUGAGAGAGUGUUUUCCGGGUCAGAAAGUGGACUAAAAGGAAAUAACACUACGGGACGCAGAAAAAAUAAAAUAACAAAAAAAUAAAACACGACGCGAGGAGACAUGUAAAUGGUUUCGCGGAACAAAGUAUGGGAAGUUUGUCAACACUGCAGGAAAGACUGGCCGAGAACGAUGGAAGGGGCGACGAUUGAGACGUGGACUUGCGCUGUUUUUAGCCCAUGUUACUGUGUGUAGUGGUGGUGAAGCCCGGCCCGGGACCUGGUCCAUUAUCGUCCUGCGUUUGAAAGUAGCUUAAAACCGCGACAGGGUUGACCGAGAGAUUGAUUUAUUUAUUUACUGUAAGUUGCGGGUGCUUUGACUUGACUAGUUGGAGCUCGUGAGUGUCGCGCGCGCUCCUGUGAGAUCCGGGAUGUUUCACUGUAUCCCUCUGUGGCGGUGUAACCGUCAUGUCGAGACCAUCGACCGGCGCCACUGUUCGCUGCUCUACGUACCGGACGACGUUUAUCGCUACAGCCGCAGUUUGGAAGAACUUUUGCUGGACGCGAACCAACUCCGAGACUUACCCAAGCAAUUCUUCCAGCUGGUGAAGUUAAGGAAGCUGGGACUGAGCGACAACGAGAUCCAGAGACUUCCUCCUGAGAUAGCCAACUUCAUGCAGCUUGUAGAGCUUGAUGUCUCGCGCAACGACAUUAUCGAGAUUCCUGAAAACAUUUCCUAUUGCAAAGCCCUUCAAGUAGCAGACUUUAGUGGAAACCCUUUGACAAGAUUGCCGGAGAGCUUUGCUGAACUGCGGAACCUAACCUGUCUUUCCAUCAAUGACAUUUCUUUACAAGCGCUUCCUGAUAACAUUGGAAACCUUACUAACUUGGUAUCACUGGAACUCAGAGAGAACAUGCUAACAUAUUUACCCGAAUCUCUUUCCCAGCUACACAGACUGGAAGAACUCGAUGUAGGGAACAAUGAGCUGUAUAAUCUGCCCGAGACAAUAGGAUGCCUUGUGAGCUUGAAGGACCUGUGGCUGGAUGGAAACCAGCUGAGUGAAUUACCAAAGGAGAUAGGAAGCAUGAAGAACCUGCUCUGUCUGGAUGUGUCUGAGAACAAGUUGGAGCACCUCCCAGAGGAAAUGGCUUGCCUGCUCUCCCUCACCGACCUGUUGGUGUCCCAGAACCUCAUCGAUGCCCUGCCAGAGGGCAUAGGAAAAUUAAAACGCCUUUCCAUUCUGAAAGCGGAUCAGAACCGCUUGGUCCAACUGCCCGAGAGCAUUGGAGACUGCGAAAGUCUUACAGAACUGGUGCUGACGGAGAACCAACUGCUGAGGUUGCCAAGAAGUAUCGGAAAGCUUAAGAAACUGUCAAACUUCAACUGUGACAGGAAUCGUUUGGUAUCUUUACCCAAAGAGAUAGGAGGCUGCAGCAGUCUGAAUGUGCUGUGUGUGAGGGACAACCGUCUGACGCGCAUCCCCGCCGAAAUUUCACAGGCUACAGAGCUGCAUGUUUUUGAUCUGUCUGGAAACAGGCUGACUUAUCUACCCAUGUCUCUCACCACGCUGAGGCUCAAAGCUCUCUGGUUGUCGGAGAAUCAAUCUCAGCCGUUGCUCACGUUCCAGACAGAUGUGAAUCCUGACACAGGGGAGAAAGUGCUCAUCUGUGUCCUUCUGCCUCAGCAGCCUUGCGAGAGUGAAAAAGGCUCUGAUAAUCUGGCACGCUGUGGCGCUCUGGAGAGUCUCGUGAACGAUGUGGCUGAUGACACGUGGGACAACAGAGCCACGAAUAGAAUGAGCACCAUCCGAUUCCUCGAUGACGAUGAUGACGAUGACGAUGAACAGGGAACGCUGCUGCGACGGGCUACGCCGCACCCCGGAGAGCUGAGGAGCAUGAAGAAGGUGGUGGAGAAUCUCCGCAACGAUCUGAACGCUGCCAAAGGCCUGGACUCCAACAAAAACGAGGUCAAUAACACUGUGGACCGAGUGACUACAUCUGUGUGACCGCUUUGUUUUACCUCCGAGAUGGCGCAGUCCCCAUCGUGUCUUCCCACAAUGCACCUCAUCCAGCCUUCUCCCUGUGCUUUUUCUCCCUUGAAUGUGACUCUCCUUUCUCUGUGCUGGGUCUGUCCUGUUCUCUCCUACAUCUCCUCAGAUCCUGAAUCAGGGAAAGACCACCAUGAUAGGUGCCUUCUUUUUUUUUUUAAUCUUCAGAGCAAUAAUCCAUGGAAUGCACAAUUUCUUUUUUCUUUUUUAAUUUUACAAUCCAGCCCUUUUUUUUAAAAAAAAACAAACAAAAAACUUUGUUUUUUCUAAACACAUAAGUUAAAAUAAGUAGAUGCACUACAUAAAGUCUUAUACUAAUGCUGACAGAAGCUCCAAUUAUAUAUUUACAUGCUAUUUUUAAUUUUUUGUUUUUUAAACACUGGGUGGAUGUUUCUUUUUUUUUCUUCUUCUUCUUCUUUUUUUUCUUUCUUUCUCCAAGUCUUUCGGGACACGUUGAGCCCAGCUAUUUUUGGACCUACUGGUUUUAAAAAUUGUUGUAUAGAUCUUUGUGAAUAAUCUAUACUUUUUGUACUCGUGGCAGCUCAGGUGGUGUUAAACCUGGAGGGGGCGUUAAAAAAAAAAUUAAGAUGUAUAGCAUAUUUCUUAAUCAAUGAGCAUUUUUAUUCCUGCAAAAAUAUUUGUGGUUUUACAAAGCAGUUGAACAACAUGUUUUAAUGUCUUAUACAGCAAAUCAAUUAGUCGGUGGUUCAUAUUUACUUUUUAAGGUGUGUUUUUUAUAUUUGAAUUUGAACAAGGGCUAACAGAACAUUUCCACGUCUUAUAACUGGAAUGAGAGCUGCAGCUGCAUCAGCACCACUUUUGGACGUUACUCCGCGUGUAAAUUAGGUACAAUAAACCCUGUUAGUUAUC